AUGCCCCUGGCCUAUCAUCAAGGAAACUUGAGUCAGGUAGCAUUCUCUCUUUAUAGCAUCAUCCCUCUGACCUCCCCCUGCCUCGUCAGAAAGGCUCUAGAUCCAGGCCCCAACCAGAUGGCUGGAUCUGGAGAAGGAUCAGAUUUUUGUGAAAAAAUCAUUGGAGGACAUGAUGUGAAACCUCAUUCAAGACCCUACAUGGUUCUACUUGAAACAGAAAGUAGCCUUUGUGCUGGGGCUUUGAUAGAAAAGGGCUGGUUGGAGAAACCUGCAACAAUUAAUAAAAAUGUUAAGAUCCUUCGACCCCCCCAACCCCGUUUUACUGGAAAGAAUGAUGUGAAACCAAACACCAGGUGUCGAGUUGCAGGGUGCGGGAAGGAUGACAAUGGAGAAUCAUCAGACACUCUGAAAGAAGUUGAAGUCACUGUCAUUGACAGAAAAAUCUGCAAUGAUGAAAAACAUUAUAACUAUACACCUGAGAUUGGACCAUAUAUGAUUUGUGCUGGGAACCCCAAAGGUAAAAUGGACUCAUGUGAAGGAGACUCUGGCAGUCCUUUGAUAUGUAACAAGAUUCUCAGAGGCAUCACUUCCUUUGGCCGCCCAGGGAAAUGUGGAGAUCCUCACUCACCUGGCGUCUAUACACUUCUCGCUGAAAAGCACCUCAUCUGGAUACAAAAAAUUAUGAGAGAUUCCUGGAAACUUCCAUAG